ACAGCUACCAGUCUCACAGACGCAUCUUUCCGCGUUUCUCUAUUUUUACAAAAAAAAAAAAAAAAAACAGCAGAGAGAGAAAGUAGUGGUUGAGCUCUAAGAUCGGCAUCUAUGGCGGCAUCGGCUGAACGCGAGAAUUUCAUCUAUGUUGCCAAGCUCGCAGAGCAAGCUGAACGCUAUGAUGAAAUGGUGGACGCGAUGAAGAAGGUAGCAAAGUUGGAUAUCGAAUUGACUGUUGAAGAGAGGAAUCUGCUGUCAGUUGGAUACAAGAAUGUGGUGGGAUCACGAAGGGCAUCAUGGAGGAUUUUAUCUUCAAUUGAGCAAAAAGAGGAAUCCAGAGGCAAUGAAGUGAAUGUCAAAAGGAUUAAAGAAUACAGACAGAAGGUGGAAACAGAGCUUUCCAACAUCUGUGGUGAUAUCAUGACUGUGAUUGAUGAGCAUCUCAUUCCAUCUUCAUCUGCUGGAGAAUCCACUGUUUUCUACUACAAAAUGAAAGGAGACUAUUAUAGGUAUCUUGCAGAGUUCAAGUUUGGUAAUGAUAAAAAAGAGGCAGCUGAUCAGUCACUGAAGGCUUAUCAAUUGGCAUCUACUGCUGCAGAGGAUUUAUCUCCUACUCAUCCAAUCCGAUUGGGUUUGGCUUUGAACUUUUCUGUUUUCUAUUAUGAGAUUAUGAAUUCUCCCGAAAGAGCCUGCCACCUGGCGAAACAAGCAUUUGAUGAAGCUAUCUCAGAGCUUGACUCCUUGAGUGAGGAAUCAUACAAAGAUAGCACUUUAAUUAUGCAGCUUCUCAGGGACAAUCUCACUUUGUGGACUUCUGAUAUUCCAGAAGAUGGAGAUGACCAAAAGAUGGAGAUCACAAAAUCUGGUGCAGAAGAUGAGUAAAAUAUGGAAAGGCAAAGGGGGAAGGGGAGUGGUGUAAUAUGAAAUAUGUAUUUUUCUAAUCCUAAGUUUUAAAAGCGGUAUUAUGAGAAUCGCGUUUAGCUGUUUGUUGUUCAUUUUCAAGUUGUUGUAAAAUGCCCGGAAAAAUGGGACAUAUUUUUAUGCCAUGCCCUCAGAUUUUAUCUUCCAGGCUGGUUUAUGCAAUCACUAUUUAUUAGUUAA